GUAAGUAAGUAUGCCAAUGGAAUUCCAGCUAUGCUCUGCUACUGGGACGGGGCGAGUUACAGACACUCCAUGAAUGGCGCCCAGACGAGGGCGUUGCAAUGUUAUCGGAAACCGACCGGAAGGUACGUCAAACUGUCGGUCGUGUUGAAGAAUCCGGACAGUCUGCAGCUCUGUGAAGUGAGGGUCAUCAACUUACGCCAGUCUAACGCACCUCUUGAGUGUUUGAAAGUGAAAAAAAGUCGAAGUUACAAAGGUGGUAUCAACUUCACUGUGCACGGAGAGCGUUGUGUCAGGUGGGAUGACGUGCCGGAUCUAACCUACACGUCAAUACACUUCCCCGACUACACAGUGCAAGAAGCUGGAAACAAGUGUCGAAAUCCAAACGGUGAAAAGAAGAGAGUCUGGUGUUACACGUCGCCAGAUAAACGCUGGUCUUUCUGUCCGCUGGUGACGUGUAGUGAGUAGAUAAAACCAUUCAGUCAGUUGAUAAACGCUGGUCUUUCUGUGUGCUAGUGACGUGCAGUGAGUAAAUAAAACCAUUCAGUCAGUU